AUGAAUGACAUUGUGAAGGAUGCAUUUAAAUUAUGUGAUCCUGCUUUUCAGGGUAAGAGCAAUGAAAAUAGAAAGGGGAAGAGUAAGGCAAAGAGUAAAGGAAAGGGCAAGAGAAAGAGUAAGGGAAAGAGUACGGAGACAAGCUUUGCUUCCCUGAUCCAGUCACUUGAUGAUAUUGAUUUGGAUCCUUCCUACAACAAAGCAACCUUGGAUGUCUUAGCUGAAGGCCCUAACAAAGGGCUUGCAGUUAUGGGAGUAGUCCGGUGCUUGGUUAAGUAUGAGUAUGGUGUUCCAUUAUACUAUGUGCUCUGUGACUCCGAUGGGAACAGUUUUGUCCUUCUAGUGUUUGGGAUACAGGAAGAAGCGAUUAAACAAGGAGAUCAGGUCACACUAUUGGAGCCCUUCUGCAAAUUUGUAGAUUUUAAAUGGAAGGAAAAGCACUAUCAAUUCCAAUCUGUGCGAGUCAAUAAUGUGGAACAAGUCCUUGUAAAUGGAAAGACUGUAUCUUCUGAUUUUGCUAUAUAACCAAUACCUAUGUAGUCAUAAACUCUAUUGUGUGUAAGCUACCGUGGGAUUCGAGGAAACAAAUAUUUAACUGCUUGUCUAC